UUAGAGCAAUUCUUUAAUUCUCCCCCAUUCGCAAAAAAUGGAAAACAACCCGCAGCAGCUGGCGGCGUCACAGCCGGUGGCGUACCCACCCCAAACACCGUACCACCACCUCCUCCAGCAGCAACAGCAGCAGCUUCAAACGUUCUGGAACUAUCAGCGGCAGGAGAUCGAGCAGGUGAAUGAUUUUAAGAACCAUCAGUUGCCUUUGGCUCGCAUUAAGAAGAUCAUGAAGGCUGAUGAAGAUGUGCGUAUGAUCUCUGCCGAGGCUCCAAUCCUCUUCGCGAAGGCGUGUGAGCUCUUCAUCCUCGAGCUCACAAUCCGAUCCUGGCUCCACGCGGAGGAGAACAAGCGUCGUACUCUGCAGAAGAACGACAUAGCGGCUGCAAUCACACGCACUGAUAUAUUUGAUUUUCUGGUGGAUAUUGUGCCGAGGGAUGAAAUCAAGGACGACGCCGUGGCAUUGGGAGGUAUUAUCGGCUCCCCGGCGGCCGCGAGUGGGGUUCCGUAUUAUUAUCCGCCAAUGGGCCAGCCGAUGAUGGGGAGACCAGCUGUGUCUGGUGUGGAUCCUGGGGUGUACAUGCAGGCACCGCCGCCUUCCCAGGCGUGGCAGUCUGUGUGGCAGACUGGUGCAGACGACGGGUCCUACGGCAGUGGCGGUGGUGCCAGCAGUGGCCAGGGUAACAUCGACGGCCAAGGUUGAAACAAUUUCGUGCUAAUACUCGAGUAUGGAGCGGCGCAAUGGAAACGUCACUCACUUGACAAUGCUGCGUGGAAUUUCAACUUAAACCGAUGAAUGUUAUUAACUACAGAAAACCAUUGAUAUUGGCUUUGCUGUAAUGAUUCAAUCUCUUCUUGUGCAAGCAACACUUGAGUUAUGUGUAGUUAUUCCGAUCUAGGUCAAAUGAUACCUCAUAGUUGUGUUUCCGUUAAUUAUCUUGACAUGGGACCCAUUAAAUAUUUCUUUUUUAUGCU